AUGACAAAUGCAUAUGAUGACCAAAAAUCUUAUGUUCUUUCCCAGGAUCUUCUAAUAUAUAUAUCGCAUUUGGAGGAAGCAUAUAAUGAAAUCGAACAAUCUGACGAGAAAACCAUUAUUCUGGUAUGUAUAAUAGGUAUUCUAUGACCAAAGUUUUGUAGUUUUACCAAUACAUUAAUAAUACAAAUUAUUUAUUUUAUACUUAAUUAAUGACAAUGGUAAAAAAAAAAAAAAAACAGUUUUUUGUUCAAAGUCUUGUGAAUGAAAAAUAAAUUAAUAGAUACUGCUCAAGGGUAGAACACAGUUGUGUCCUACCCUGUGUGGGUAGUAGGUAGUUUAGAAAAUAUAUUAUUAUAAUACAGGGCAAUUCAGUUUGUAUACUGUGUGUAAAUACCAAUGAUAAAUCAUUUCAAAUGAUGAAACAAAUUUGAGCGGAGUAUUAUUAUUUGUAUUUUUUCUUUUCAUUACUAAUAAGGUAACCCAGGAUACUAGUAAUGGAUGCCACUGUUGUAGUUGAGAAAUUGGAAGCCAGAAUUAUUGUAGAGUAAUUUAAUUUAUAAACCAAUACUAACAAAAAACAGUUAUGAGCAGAAUACUAUUAGUCAUAUUUUAUUUAACAUAGAAUUUUAUAUUUUUAACUCAGAAAUCAACAAAAAUUAUAGGUACUAAAAUGUUGAGUAAAGUCUCUUGUUAAUUUUUGAGUGGAGCAAAGAUUUUUUUUAACUAUACAAUUAUUGCAUACAGAAACAAAUUUGUACACAGUAAAACCAAUUAAUUUGAUAACUAAAACCAAUUUGUUUGGAAACUAAACAUAAUAAAACCAAAACAAACCUCCCUUCAUUCAGAUUCUAAUAAAGGUGACUUGUUAACAAUUUUUAUAAAUGUUUCAAAUAAACUAUUAUCAAGCAGAAAUUCAGAAUCUUGAGGUAGUUUUGUGAACAAAUGGAAACAUUUACCUGACUAAAAUGUAUUUUCAAAAAGCAAUUUUUUGAAAAAAGAUCAAGAUAAAUUACUAUCAACUAUAAAAUCAAAAAUUCUCAUAUUUUGAGUCACAGCUAUGCCAUGAAAUAAUUGGAGUAUUUUCAUUAACCAAGAAUAUUAAAAAAAAAAAAAAAAAAAAUUAAACAAUCAUUGUUAAACUAAUCUAAUCUAGGUGUUUAAUUUGUUAUAGUCAGAAACUAAUGCAUUUUACAGAGUACUUUCACCAGGAUCAUGUGUGACAGCAUUUAAGUAUUCGACUACAUUAUUAUUUUAUACAGGAAUGGUUACUUUUAAUCCUGGAAGAAACUAACGAAGACAUAGCCAUGGCUCGUAUCCGGAACAUGAUGCUUAGCCAGUUGUUGAUGGAUAUCGAAUACGAUAAACUUAGAUAUCCGUUUAAUGAGAGGCCAUCUCUGCGAGCAUUCGCUGAGCUCGCCGAUAAUCUUAGGACUGUGUUGAAUAUAGAUGCGUCCUUGGACAAGGAAAACGAACAGCGUGGAAAUGUAUUACAAUCGCGUAUUUAUUUAAUUACUAGAUUUACCUAACUAAUCAUAUUUAUUGGGUUUUGUGUAGUUAAAUUAUCUAUAUAUUUCAAACAUAUAGGUAACCCUAACCUAACCUACUUAGUACCCAGGAUGAAAAUCCUUUUCCCCUUCUUCCCCAUCGAGGAAUCGGUACGAUUAAAAUGUACACACCUCCUUAGGACUCAAAAUCACGUUAAUUUUAGUUGUUUUUGGUGGACACCGAGCCCGUGGACCGCGCAUUGGACCUUGGCGAUUUUCAUUAUGCGUCCACCGAUAAUCGACUCUACGUGGCCAUCCGCAACUUACCCCACGAGGUCGGUGCGUUCGGUUAUGUGGCGGUUUCAAUCGGUGAAGUGGACGAUACACAAUGGCUAAAUUCAAAAGGUGAACCAAUAGAGACUCUAAUUCCGACGGAUUUACCAGUGAAACAAAUUGCGUGUCGCUUUCAAGCGCCGGUGGUCCCCACACAGUGCGACGUUAAAAAGGUGUGGUACGCUUUGAAGCACAGAAGGCCGUUGACUUUGAGAAACUACUCUUACGAGUUUUACAAAAUGUUAUACGAAAACGUUCAACAAGAAAUGCUGGCCGAAAGAAAUAAAAUAAAAUGUACUCAUCCGUAUAUCAAUAAGUUACUUAAAUUUUUGGAGGUACAGUUUUAUAAUUAAUAUGAUAGGUAAUUAAAUUUAAGAAUUCAAAAUUUAAAAAUUACAUAACACUUAAAUUUUAUAUUAUGGAUAGAUAGGCGCCGUUAAAAAGUACCUAAUAAUUAAUUUAAAUACCUAAUUAUAAUAUUUAGAUUGACAUGAAGGCUAUUGGAAUACAUGAUGCCAAAAUGUUUUGUAGACUCAAAUUGCUCUCAAUUUUGAAGAAGCAAAUUAAAUAUUUAAUCAGUGAAGUAAAAAUAUAAUAUUACCUAUAAUAAUACUCGAUAACUGACUAUAAUUUUGUAAAACGCUACGAUUUUUAAACUUUAUUAUCUAUUUCAGAUAGAAAACAGAUUUGAAACAUUAGAAACUGCUAGAUUGAUCGCAACAAUUUCUCCAAUUGUUUCAUUACCACCAAAAAACUGUUACAAUUUUGUCACAUCCACCCUUUGGAAUGAAAUAUCUCAACAACGGCCGGGUACCAAGUAUAUGGAUAUACUUGCCUAUGAAUAUCCUCAAUAUUUUUUCCCGAAGUAAGUACCCACAUCAAUUGUUAUUAUGUAACUAUUUUUGUACUAUUACCUUACCCAGGUAAAUUUAGAUCAUUCUAAAAUAAAAAAAAAUAUUUAUUAAUUUUGAAUUAGCAAUGGUUUAUCGUUGCUGGUUUUGUUAGUUUUAAUUUAUGUUUCACAUUUGUGUCUAAACAUUCAGACUUCCAAAAUGGUCAGCUAUUGUGAAAUUUGAUGCUUGUAUUACAAAUUAUAAACGUAACCUGUAAAUGGCUGCAUCCGAGUUGGGUUCCGGACCCUAACAGUUUUGAUAAGUAGCACACACACUAGUUAGGUCCCAAUGAAUUUUGUAUAUUAUACUGGUUGGAUCCUGACAUUCAGUUGGUAAUAUACUAGAUGGGCCCAAAUGUUUAAUAGCAACACAAACCAUUUUCCUUCUUAUUUUUAUAGACUUAGGACUUAGUGAUUUUUUCUGUAAUUUUAUUCUUCGUUUAAUUCUUUAUACAUUUUUCUUUUUGUAAAUUAAAAUUUUAUUAAGUUUUUUCUGAACUUCUCAUUUUAAUGUAAUUAUCUAUUCGGGUAGUUUUUAAAAUUUCUAUUAACUGUUAGAUAUUAGGAUAGAUAUAUUGUGUUUUAUUUUUCUAAACUUAGAAACUACCUAUUAAAUUAUCAAUAUUAAUAUUACGAUACUAUACGACUAGUAAACUACCCGCAUAAAACCCAGGACUCAACUAGUAAACUACAGUUAGUAAACCCAGGACUCAACUCAGAUGCGCUGAGAUGUAAAUUUGUAUACCUAUAUAGAUGGAGAAACAAUUAUAUUGAUUACUUAUUAAAAUACUGCUUUAUAUAUUUUAAUAACCUACCUAGGUGUCAUUUUAAUGAUAAAAUACAGAUAACAAAUACUUAUUUCCUUUCCAAAAAUAUGAUCAAUUAAAAUAAAUUAUUGUUAGAUUAAUUUAUUAAAUUAAAUGUAUAUUACCUAAUUAAUAUUAUAUAUGUAUGUAUGUUUUUAAAGAUAUUUUUCAGUUUUGGCACACCAAAAGAAACUAAUACUAACUAAUAUUUCUAAUAAAUAUUGUAAAAUAUUGGAUGAAAUGUUUGUUGACUUGGCAAAAUCUAUUAUGUGGAACAUGAAUAAAUAUAAAGAUGCAAAAUGGGAAUGGCACUUGGCUCAUGAAAUUAACGAUGCAUACAUUAAAGAAAAAUCAUUUAAAGAUAGCUUGUGUGAAAUUGAGAAUUCCACUGAUGAAACAACAGAAUCAUUUUUAGCGGUUAUUUUCAAUGAGAUGGAAAUGGCUCAAGAUAAAUUAAAAGUAACAUUAAAAUAUUCAUACAAGUUGAUAUUAUUUAAUAUUGAAAAAAAAAAAAUAAAUAAUAAUGUGUUAACUAUUUACAGUCCAUAGUAAAAAAAAACGAUCAAUUGACAGAACAAUUGAAGAAAAAUAAACUUGAAAUACAAAAAAGAGAACAAAUGCACAAAGUAAUAGUGUGUGAGUAUGAAGAAAAAAUGGAUAAAUUAAAAAAGGAAACCAAUAAUGAAAAACUUGAUAUAGUAAAAAGAGAAAACACUAUUACAGAGCUUCGAAGGAGAAUAAAAGAUCUAGAAAAAUAA